CAAUGAGCGACGCUCGACUCAGUACGAGAAAACUAGCUGGUGCUCGGCUCCUUCCAGGGUUGUCAACCGCAAAGCGGACGAAAUGAUUUGCUUCUUCAAUCGUCUUAUCACACUAAACGUAAAUAUAGUUUCGUCAGACUCAUGUGAGAUGCCGUAUUGUCAUUUUUUACUCUCCGCGGCAGCUCAUUAAAAGUUGAGUCUGAAUUCCGUUUACAGAGUGAAGGGGAGAUGUCUAGUAGUACCCAGCUGAGCAUCCAGCAUUGGACCACCAAGCACGUAGCCAAGUGGCUGAAGGAUGAGGGCUUCUGCCACUAUGUAGACCUGCUGUGCAACAAGCACCGUCUGGAUGGCAUGUCUUUACUCACCCUGAGUGAAUACGACCUCCGUUCACCCCCACUGGAACUCAAGGUGCUGGGGGAUAUCAAGAGGCUGAUGGUGUCCCUCCGCAAGCUGCAGAAACACAACCUGGACAUCCUGGAGGAGCUGGGGGUCCCGUUCGACGGGCACUCGCCUCAGGGUGGGGACUGGCACUGCAACGGAGACUCCAGUAGAGAGUGCGAUAACUCUAACACAGACACAGCACCGGUUGGAGAGCAGUAUCUUCAGUAUAGGAAUGGGAAGUACAAGCACGGAGGGAGCAGGAGGCUGGACCCUGAGUACUGGAAGACGACGCUUAGUGCCGUCUAUGUGGUGUUUGUGUUCGGAUUUACCUCUUUCGUUAUGGUGAUUGUGCAUGAGAGGGUGCCGGACAUGCGCACUUACCCGCCCUUGCCAGACAUUUUCUUAGACAGUGUACCUAGAAUACCAUGGGCCUUUGCCAUGGCAGAGGCAUGUGGAGUCAUCCUGUGUAAUAUCUGGCUACUAGUUCUGCUGCUGCACAAACACAGGUCCAUUCUACUGCGGCGACUGUGCAGCCUCAUGGGGACCGUGUUCAUGCUGCGUUGCGUCACCAUGUUUGUGACCUCCCUGUCAGUGCCAGGGCAGCACCUGCAGUGCUCAGGAAAGGUGUAUGGUGAUAUGUGGGCCAAACUGCAUCGAGCUCUGGUCAUAUGGAGUGGAUUUGGAAUGUCCCUCACAGGGGUCCAUACGUGUGGGGACUACAUGUUCAGUGGUCACACGGUGGUCAUCACCAUGCUCAACUUCUUUGUGACAGAAUACACCCCGCGUGGCUGGAACUUCAUCCACACCUUGUCCUGGGUCCUGAACUUGUUUGGCAUCUUCUUUAUCCUGGCGGCCCAUGAACACUAUUCCAUCGACGUCUUCAUCGCCUUCUACAUCACAACCAGGCUGUUCCUGUACUACCACACGCUGGCUAACACCAGGGCCUACCAGCAGAGUCGCAGGGCCCGCAUCUGGUUCCCUAUGUUCUCCUUCUUCGAAUGCAACGUCAACGGCCCCGUGCCCAACGAGUACGGCUGGCCCUUCUCUAAACCCGCCAUGAUCCGGAGCAUGAUUGGGUACUAGGUGGUAGCGUACACUGGUCCGCGAUGCAGCCACGACGACGUUGAUCUCUUCUAACACACUAACGCUGUUUACUCUGAGCCCCGGCGUGCUAUUUUGCUGCUGUGCUGCCUUCAAGGAGUUGCCAACUGUGGUUGUGUGAUAUUGACUUUAUAUUCCAAUAGCUGCAGAGACUGUAAACUGAGAUGGCUUUGUAGGAUCCUAUCGGUGCCACAGUGAGACAGGGUACGGGGAGACUUGAUUACUCCUAUUCGGUGACUUAGUGGUUGGCUGGCGUUUGUCCCACGGCAGCCUGUUGAAAGGGAUUAAACUAAGCAUGUGUCCAAAAUGACACCCUACUCAUUUAUAGUGCACUACUUUAGACCAGAGCUCUAUGGCCUCUCGUCAAAAAUAAUGCACUACAUAGGGAAUAGGGUGCCAUUUUGGAUAAAUGCUAAAGACUAAUCCUCUCCACUUCCUCUCAUUUGAAAAGGGAUUGAGAUUUUUGAAGAUAUUUCCCACACCUUUUGCCAUGAUCAAUAACCAGGUUACAGAUGUGAUGUAAGUGCUUUAGUCAACUCCUCGUCUCUUGUUAUGCCUUACUGUUUAUGGCAUGACAGCGACCUCGACAGAGGAGUUGGCUACAGCACAAACUGACCUGCUAAUGCCAGGCUAGCAUUUCCACGCUUUUAACGCCUCUUAACUUGCAGUCUUGAGUGAAUGUCGAAGGUAAUAGCAAGCUAGAGGUUUGGGGGGAGAAACAUGAAAGCAGAAUUCUCAGGCAGCCUAUUGUAACCAAAAAUGUUUAUUUUUUAAGUCCAAUAGAAUUUGGUAAUCUAAAGUUCAACAGUGUUAUGGUAAAAAAAAAAAAAAAAACUUGUGUUCAUUUAGAUAUCCUGAGAAAUUAGGGUAUAUUAUUGUGGUGUUCAUCUGGACUUUGGCUCUAAUACAGUUAUGGCCCACCUUUUUUUAUUUAAUUUUUUUUAAGCAAUUUUCAAAAUGUCACAGAUACUGUUCCUGAAUUUCUGUGUAACAAUAUCUAAGUUCCAGAUGUUGCGAGAGGUAUUGUUACUUGUUUAUCUUUAUUACUUUAGGUAGUGUGAAAAGCUUCUGCAUUCCUUCAGACACUACUGUGGGGUUUGGCUGUACUACUGUAUUAUUGAAUUCGUCAUGUUGACAUGAACUACACUACAUGACCAAAAGUAUGUGGACACCUACUUGUCGAACAUCUCAUUCCAAAAUCAUGGGUGUUAAUAUGGAGUUGGUCCCCGCCCCUUUGCUGCCAUAACAGCCUCUAUUCUUCUAGGAAGGCUUUCCGCUAGAUGUAGGAACAUUGCUGCUGGGCAUUAGCCACAAGCAUUAGAGGUCGGCCAUUGAUGUUUAAGCAAUUAAGCCGGGCUCGCCAUUGGUGUUUCAAUUCAUCCCAAAGCUGCUCGAUGGGGUUGAGGUCAGGGCUCUGUGUAGGCCAGUCGAGAUCUUCCACACCGAUCUCGACAACCCAUUUCUAUGUGGACGUCACUUUGGGCAUGGGGGGCAGUGUCAUGCUGAAACAGGAAAGGUCCUUCCACAAACUGUUGCCACAAAGUUGGAAGAACAGAAUUGUGUAGAAUGUCAUUGUAUGCUGUAGCGUUAAGAUUUCCCUUCACUGGAACUAAGAGGCCUAGCCUGAACCAUGAAAAACAGCCCCAGACCUCGGUAGUGAGUGUUUUUAAAAAAAAAAAUUAUGUACACGCUUCAGCACUCGGCGGUCCCGUUCUGUGAGCUUGUGUGGCCUACCACUUUGCGGCUGAGCCGUUAUUGCUCCUAGAUGUUUCCACUUCACAAUAACCACUUACAGUUCACCAGGGCAGCUCUAGCAGGACAGAAAUAUAACGAACUGGCUUGUUGGGAAGGUGGCAUCUGAGCUCAUCAAUAAGCCCAGUCCACUGCCAAUGUUUGACUGGAGUUUGUGUGGCUGUGUUCGAUAAAAAUGUUUAUACACCUGUCAGCAACGAGUGUUGAAGAGGUGUCCACAUACGUGUGUGUAAUGUAUUUGGUUUCCUUUAUAUUAUUUGGAUUGUUCAGUUCUUACCUUUUUUUCCGAACUACACCUUGCCGUAAAACGGGGCUGUUACCAAGGAGAUCGCAAAAAGCAGCCAAAACUAUGGAAUGGAAAAUGGUGAACAAUCGUUUUUAAAUAUCAUUCCAUUUGCCAAUAACUUUAGGUGUUUAUAGUAACAUUGUCUUAUUAUAAGAAAUGCAUAUCUCAGAUGUUGCGUACUUGCUUGUAAUUUAGUAAAUGCCUAUGCUUCGCGAUAACAUACAAGGAUGUAAAUUCUUAUAAAAUAAUAGUUUUACUUCUUCCACAGAUCCCUUGGUCUGUUUUAAUUUAUUUAAUUUUGUAUAUGUCAAUAGAAUUGUUUUGUUUUUAUCAAAUAUUUGAUAUACAUAAAGGAUAUUGCAAUAUACACUUGAACAGGAAUAUGUUUACAGUUGUGAGGAAAUAUAUUUGUUUAAAACACAAAGUGCUUUUAUGUAUAGGGUUGAUUUUUUUUUUUUGAGAAUCACCUUCUCACCCAAAUCAUUAAAACAAAUUCGAACCAACACAAACCCCCACCCCACACAGUCACUCAAAUCAGAUCUGAAACGACCAUUAAUGGUAUUGGUAAAGAUGGGCAUCUGGGCAAAGAUGUCAGUUCAACGGCAAAUUUUUGAAAUGUAUCCUACAUUUGAUUAAAUUCACGCAAGUUGACAACUCAAUGUAAAAAUAUAUAUAUAGAUUCGAACCAUGCCAUUGGAUAUAAGUAAAAAAAGGACACAUUUUCCAAAUUAUUUUUAUGUUGAGAAUCGAAUCAGUUUUCCACCUUGCUUCAUCGUCAUCACAUUUGUUUCUACGUCAUAGAUUUUUUUUAAACAUUUUUUUUGUAAGUAAUAUUUAUGUUUAUUCAACCGGUUUGUGUCCAGUGGGUUAAGUCUCAUCUCCAUCCCAUGUUUUAUUUGGAAUUUCAGCUGUGGAAUAGUUACUAGAUCCCUUACAUGCUAUGAGUCUUUUUAUUCCCCCCUAAUAAAGUGAUGCAUUGAACUUCUGGCUUGACUAAUGCCAGCUUGUCCUAACUGCAAAACUAUCAUUGGCUGCUAAGAUGUUUUUUUUUAGACAUGUACAGGAGAAUUGUGGCUUUUCUCUUAUGUAUUUGUUCUUGUCACUUUUAACCCCCUAUAAAAAAUUGUUUCUAACCCUUAUCACUGGUGUGGUUAUACUGGUAUGUUACAUACCUCCAAGAUGCAGUAAUUAGCUACCAUUUUGUAAUGGAAAUGUAGCAAUCACACAAAGUGUGGUUGUAUUGGGUAAAUGGAUUAAUAUCUUUGCCAUCAUUAAACAGUUGACAUCAA